CUCGAGAGCGCCCUGCCCCAUCUGCGCUGAUACUCGAGCUCCGUGCCUGUCCAUGAAACAGUAUCUGGUGCUACUAUCACAAUUACCCCAAACCCACCAAUCAUUGAGUGGGGCUCUGUCACCUUAACCUGUGAUGCUGCUGGCUUCAACAUCACCAGAGAGUGGAUGAAGGAUGAUCAUCCUUUGUCUUCUGGUGACAAUAUCAUCAUCUCUGAGGUUAAGAGAGUGCUGUCCAUAAACCCUGUGAAGAGAACAGACAGUGGAGAAUACCUGUGCACAGUCAGAAACCCUGUCAGCUCUACAAAUGCCAGUGACACUGUGAAUGUAAUCUAUGGACCUGAUGGUAUGGAAAUCAAGGGUCCAACUGAACUAGGACAGCAGUUAACAUUGACCUGCUCUGCUGACUCCAACCCCCCUGCUAGUUACACAUGGAUGCUUAAUGGAACAGAGAUACCUGGACAUUCACCUGAGUUCACUAAAGAGAAGAGUGAAUACUCUGACAGUGGGGAUUACACCUGUACAGCAACAAAUGAUGUCACUGGGAACAACACAUCUGAGGUCCAUAAACUGUCAGUAAAAGCGGAGGGCUCUCUAACUCCAGGUGGGCUGUCUACUGUUGCCAUCACUGGGAUUGUGAUUAUAGUGUUGCUGGUUCUGGAAGUGGCAGUUAGUGUUGCAGUCUAUUUCAUCAAGGAAAAGGGAAGCAAUGCUGACCCAAUGCAUCGAGGAGGCUCUCAACAAAAUGUAUAUGAGAACCCAUCACCUGUGUAUGAGAACCCAUCACCCGUGUAUGAGAACCCAUCACCCGUGUAUGAGAACCCAUCACCUGUGUAUGAGAACCCAUCACCUGUGCGUGACAACACACAACAAAAUCUAUCUCCACCUCUACCCCUGACACAGUAAGAGUUCAGGAAGAGAUCUCCAUUCAACCACCAUUCUCCAGUGAGUUCCACAAUCAACACAUAGAAAACCUGCAUGAUAACACCCAGUGUGGAUCUGUAAUGUAAUGUACAUAAUCAAUACAUUUAUGCUAUGUUUGUCUGCUUUAUUGUGUAAUUUAUGAAUGUUGAAAAGAAAACCUUGUUAAUGAAAGUAGAUAACACAUUACUGUACUGUAAUUUAAUAGAUUAGAGCAUAAUGAUAAGGGUGACCUCUGGUGGUAGGGGUGGGGACUGUACUGUAAAUAAUAAAUACAAUAAUUUUUUGUGUACUGUAUUGUCAAUUGUGGUGCCAAAAAGGCACAGAAGCUGGAUACCCAAAUAAUUUAAAUGAUGUAAAAACAGAAUGACUAAUAAAUAUUGCCUGCUCUGUUGUUAUUUGUGUCAGACCAGUGAUUACCAGCUUAUAAGA